CUAGAAUGUCAAUUUCUGUCAAUUGUGACGAAUAGACAGUUGUCUAGUAGUGCGCACGAACCUCUCGUUUUUUUCUCGCCAAACGAUCUACUGACAUAACUCUUAUUUGCAAGUCAAACAAGCGACAUCUUUUACUUUUUCUUUGUCGAAAUUUGUACUUUUGAGCUGGGACGACGAGACCACACUUCUUUCUUUGUCCGUUAGAUUUUUCGUUCUUGUUACCUCGACCCCGGACCCCCAACGAGGCACGAAAGCGACCAGAACACGCGUGGAAGUAAAUUCAGCUCGUCCUGACGACCACCCGCGGUUGCUGGCAGAGGUUGUGUCAAAGCCAUCUGGUCAUCUGUCAACUUCGAUUUCAACAUCUAAGCAGAAGGUCAAACAUAACAAGAAAGUCGUACAGGAAUCCGCUACAGGUACGAAACAGGCGAAAGAUAAGGAGCAGCAAAAACUUGUUUCAUCACAAAACGAGGACCUCCACCAUGAGCGCUGCUUCUGCGAGUGCAGCAAAGAAGGACCAGGAGCUCCUCGCCUCGGAAGCUGGAGGUGGGAACAAGAACACGACGUCAAAAGCGCAAAGCAAGCAACUUGCAGCUUUUGUUCCGCGUGGUGCAGGGGGAAAAAAUGCUGGCAAGUCCAAGGGAGCUGCCUCGUCCAUCGCGGCUUCUCUGGUUGCGAAAGCUGUCAAAAAGCAGCCCUCGUCGAAGAAGAAUAGCCGAGAUGCCAGUGCCUCGAAGAUGAAGAUGAAGAAGAUGAGUGGCGCUGCUGCUGUACCUGGUGCAGCAGCUGUCAGUAUGGUGGACCACGAAACGUUGCACGUCGACAGCACCUCCCAAGACGCUGGCGUUUUGUUGAGGAGCGGUUCUUUGUAUCGCGGAGGACCACGACCACCACAAAUGAAGAAUUCUUCGAGGGCUAGCACAGCAGGCGGAACAAUUGCAAAUGUUUCCGCACCAGGGGCAGGGUCUGCCCUGAGUUCUUGUCUGCCAAAAAAGAACUACGUGGGUCCCGGUCGGGAAAUAAAGGCUCAAGCUAGUGCAGCAGCGUCUUCUUCUAGAAACAAGCGGCGCAGUUCGCUGAAUAAAGAAACAAGUGCUCCUUUUGGGAGUGCUUUCAGCCUGCUGCCCGGGGCGAAGAAAGGGAAGAACGAGCAACAAGUGGGGAUCCUGAAUGGCAAAAAUAAAAGCGCGUCGCUACCACUAGGCUGCAAGCAAAGUAUUCGCGGGACAGCUGCACGAGAUUCAUUUUGCGAUUGGAACAGUAGAGGGAAGGACGUGAAAAAGGCCACCAGGGGCGAAGAUCGAAAUCAAGCAGGUCAAAAAAAAGCGUCGUCCACCACGAGCAUCAAAACUACUUCGGAGCAGGAUCUUCGUACGAAGCAGGAGAAGGAACAAGAUUGUUCCCCGUCGCUUUUGCAACAAAUCAUCCACGAGGAAGAGGACGAGGACGAAAUUUUCAACAAUCUGAAGAAAAAGAAGGUGAAAAAGUCGACGUCUGCUCUUGACAUUGGAACCUCGUCCCCUUCGGCCUUGUCUACUUCUUGGGCGGAAAGUCAAAGUAAAACGGAUAACAAAAAGGCAACCACAGGUGACACGCUGUUGACUUCGAUGGCUAUUAAAAUAAAGGGAUCACGACCGAAACCGAAUCCGAAGUCCACCAGUCUGGGGGAAAGUACAACGAGCAGGCUGAAGUUGAAGUCCGAAAGAACUAGUGGUACACGACGAGGAGGACCCGAAAACGAACUGAAUCGCCUUUCCACAGCGGAACAAGUGGACGAGGACCAAGCUCUCAUGGAGGAUUUUGCGGGUGCUUUUUUUCCGCCGGAUAAAAGUUGCAGCUCUGCUGCUGCUCCUUCUUCGUCGGGUCGUAGCUCGUUUUUAGCAAAGAAUACCACGACGUCCACCAGCAGCACUUCGAAAGGUGAACCGGCUUUAUUGAAGGGCGCGACCGAUAAAACAAACACGACGGAUGUAGUUCACCUUGUUAGUCGUCCUGCUAGCAACAAAACUAAACUGCCGAUCAUGUCGACAAUUUCCUGCUCGAGCUCAUCGCACCUGUUGACUGGCGCCAACAAGGAUUCUGCUAGGGUGGGGCCACGUGGUGCUCUUGCUGGCAGCAAGUGUUCUGCUGGUGCUUCGGCUCUCGACGUCCCGGGUGGAUCUGAAGAUUCGAUUUUCUCGCGACUCCCGGGCUUUGCAGCCACUUUCGGUUUUGAAGCGCGCAAGACGAACAGUCUCAAUGUGAAAUCCAUUUUGACAACGUCACACAACAAAGUUGGCUCGGCCGACGGCGCGGGUGGAACUACGCAGAAGCUGCAGCCGCCUUUGACUAAGAAGAAAGUCAGCUUCAAUAUCACCCCCAAGCAUGGCGACCAGAUUGAUGACGAUGAUGAUGAUGACGAUGUCGAUGAUGAUGUUGGUCAUAACACACUGGCGGAGAUGAAGAGCAGCAAAAAGAGCCAGAUUCUCACUCUGUUGGCGAAGAAACGCGAAGAGAAGAAUAUGCCAACCAAGGGCAUUAGCUUCUCUACUUCUACGACCGCCAGUGGCGCUUGCUCGAGCAACUGGAAAAAUGCCUCUAAUAAUAAAAGAUCAGAUCACGACCGCCAGAGCAAGCUCGUGUUUGGUCCAGCUGGAGAAUUCUCGGAGCCUGUUGGAACAACCAGCCAAGACAAGGAGACACCGCUGCCACCAUUCGUCCCUCUGCCAACAUCUUUUGUUUCGAAGCAAAUACUACACAAGAACCAUAAAUCGCUUGCUCUUGUGCUGACCAAGAACAGCAAAGCUGCAAAAGCCACGACGUCGUCGUUACUCACGUCCACCUCGAAAACUGCUGCCAGCACUGCUUCUAGCAAAGCUCAGCAAGAACUGCGUAGACAGCGAAGAACUGUACCCCCGCACAGAAAUUCCAAUUUGUAGCAGGAAGGAUCAAUUACAAUUAUUCAAUGGACGAUGGUGAUGAUACGAAAACACCAUCGGGUCCGCACUCAAUGGAAUUUAGAAGCUGCACUAAAUUAGGCGGAGCGAAUUCUAAUUUUUGUUUUUCAUCGGUUUGAUGUGUAUCGGUCCUCGAACAUGAAGAUUCGGGACUGAAGCUAGGUUGCAAGUUGCGCAUGAUCGGAGCAGGGUUCUAAAGAAAAUAAAUAGGAGUCAGCAACAUUGACAUCGUGACAACUGGGGGGCGGGGGUAUGAUUGCAUUGCAUAUUGCACUUGCUACGCACCGGAUUGUCUAGCUCGAGCGACGAAGAGGAUGACUACGACAUGGGGAACCCGAUUAUGACAUGGAAAAGUGGUAACCACGUCAACGGAAAAAUUUGUGAUGCAGCAGUGCAUGAGACUGAAUUAGAAUUAGGCACGCGUUUGUAUUGAGUGCAAUACAUACUUGUAUCAUGCGCGAUGGCACUCAAUUCCGCAAAAUCCAAAGAAAUCGUUAACGUUAACACUUUUUUGUUUGAUGCCGACAAUCAUUCGUUGUGCGGAGUGCAAAAUGUUCGAGGCUUUAUGACGGUGCACAACUCCCUCUCAUUCUCGUUGUCCCACCGCUCAUCCCUUGAUCAGAGGCAUGAGUAAAAACAGCCAUACUUGCACACGAACGCGCAAAUGUAGUGUCUGCAUGACAAAUCCAUGCGCGGAGCCUAGUACUGGAAUCUGCUUUAGAGAAUUGGAGUUUGCGAGCAAACCAUCGUGCCGAAACUGGCAAACGCCAGUGGUGAAGAUGACAUCAAAUGAGGGGACUUCUAGAAGAGCAGGGGGUUCUUGUCUGCACCGUUAUAGGCCCUGCAGCAGAUGGCAAAGCAGAAACGGGCAAGGGCAAAAUUGCGGAAGAGCAGAAGUGCCACGACAGCAGCCGGCUCAACUACGGCGAAACAUCAACUGCUAGAACCGCACGGAGGAAAGCAAGCCAGUCUCCUUGGAGGGAAAAGCAGUGCAGGUGGAGUUCCUCCUCGUAGUUCUUCUGCCGUUGGAACUACAAGCAAGGCCAAGGUUUCUCUACUUCUCGGUAUUAACAAAAAGGAGCUAGCACCUCCUGGACCACCGCUUGGGGUUGCAGCAAGUUCCUCGAAUAAAACAAGUAAAUCGACAGCGGUGGCGGCGUCCUCAUCAUCCUCGUCCGCCAGCAAGCUCGCGACCUCUUCGGUUUUGUUCUCUUCGAGCAAAGUACACGGGGAGAAGAUGAAAACGAGUGUCGCUGCGGCCAUGAAGAUGUACGAAGAUGAUUUUUCUUCCUCCUCCGAGUUCGAUUCCGACGAGGAGGAUUUCCACCAUGAUCCUGCGCUUGCGGACGGACUACACUUACGAAGAACGACGCAACAUUUGUAUGGAGCUGCUGGUGCACGUGCAGGAGGUGCUGCAGUUACGGCAGGCGACUAUUCUUCCUCGGACGAAUCAUUUUCAUCUCCGCACUGCAUCUUUUGCCGCUCGCCUAUGGCGUUCUCAACUGUUACAUUCUCAUGUGUUACAUGAACUUGUGACGCAAGAAUCGGAAAAGUGCAAAGGGGAAGGCUGCACCUGUAGCAUUACAAAUUCCGCACAGAUUUAGGCGCGGUUUAGGCCUUCACAAAUUUGUCAUGCGGAGCAGCUUGAUCGUGAGGAUGAUGAUGCGGCUUUUGCAUGACAAAUUCAUGUAAGAACAGUUCAGAAUGUAACAAUUGAGAAUCCCAUAUCGCCGAACACAACGCGACAAGACACGGUGCUCGACUUCGGAGAGCUCAGCUUGAGCGAUUAUGAACUGCAAAAGUAUCGCACUCGUAUAAAUGCAUUACAAAUUGCCUCAGCAUGAGAAAUAAAAUUUGUAAUGCUGAUUUGCCUUCAGAGGAAAAUUUGUGAUGCAAGACUUGCAUUUAUAAGAGUACGAUGCUUUUGCACAGGAUAGCGAUAUGCAUUCGACAAAUUGA